CGGCACAGCACAGCGCAGCCAACCCCCUGUUCCUGAAUACGAGCUCCUUCUCAGCUCCACAGAGGCACUACUGCUGUAUAUACCGAGACAAACUGAAGGUACAUAAAAAGACCGCCGGGCCAGAAAGAGACAUGGGCCCCUUCCGAAGCACCCCCGUCGCGGUGGCGGCAGCCCUCGCCCUGGCCGCCUCUUCGUCGCCUUCAUCCGGCAUCGUCACCCUCGUGGGAGGAUUCGUCGUACCACCUUCCGCGUCGACCAUCGCGAGAUCAACGCCGGGGGCGGGGAUUGUCUCCGCCCAGUCCCAUGUCCGGCGCUCGCCCUCUUGGCGAACCAGCGGGGGCCCAUCGACCGCGCUUCAGAUGAACCUGGCUGAUCGUUUCCUGCGGGUUGCGAAGGCGAACCUAAACAACAUCUUGCAGACCUGGGAAGACCCUGAGAAGAUCCUGGAGCAAGCGGUGGAGGACAUGCAGAAGGACCUGGUCAAGAUCAGGCAGUCCUACGCUGAGGUGUCGGCAACUCAGAAGCGCAUGGAACGGCAGAAGCAGGAGGCAGACCGGCUGGCGGCGAACUGGUACGACCGCGCGCAGCUGGCGCUUCAAAACGGGGACGAGAACCUUGCGAGGGAGGCGCUCGCAAGGCGGCAGCAGCAGCUUGACACGUCCGGGAGCAUGGGGAUGCAGAUGGACGCGCAGGGGCAAGCGCUGGACAAGCUGAGGGACUCGAUGCAGCAGCUCGAGGCCAAGAUCACGGAGGCGAAGGGCCAGAAGGAGACCCUGAUCGCCCGUGCGCGGACGGCCAAGACGACGACGCAGGUAAACGACAUGCUGGGGAGCAUCACGGGCACGACGAGCAUGGACGCCUUCGACCGCAUGACGGAGAAGGUCGAAAGCUUGGAGGCCAACGCUGAGAUCGCCGGGGAGCUGUCGGGGUCGACGAGCGUGUCUUUGGAGGGGCAGUUCAAGGCGCUGGAAGGGAGCAACGCCGUCGACAACGAGCUGGCAAAGAUGAAGGGCUUGCUCCCGUCGAAGAAGGGACCUACCCCCCAGCUACCGUCCUCCUCACCAGCUGUGGAGUCCGAAUUGGAUCAAAUGAAGAGGGAGAUGGGAGGCCAAUGAGAUGCCAUGGAAGAGCAGCCAACACCCCAGCCCUCUCGCGGAAUCGAGUAAAUGAAGCAUUGGAGAAUCACGCAUAAGGAGACAGCCACGGUUGUCUGCUAAUGGCUGUCUUGUGGCCGGAUUUGGCCGAAGACAGGGGGAUGAGCCCUGCCGAUGAGAAAAAUUGAGGUGUCCGUAUUUUGGGCACAUUAGUGGUUUUCCUUUGACCUACUCGCCUUGUAUUCCCGGGACUUCCGGGUUUCCUGAGACGGUCAAGAGGAGCGAAUGGAUGGGACGGUGACCCUCGUCGGGGGUUGUCGAUGGCACUGCUGUUACGGGUUUGAGCACCUGCGGGUACGUAGCGUGAGGAUCUGGCGGUACACACUGGUGUGAUAGGUGCUGUUAAGGUGGAGCACGAAUCUCCGCGUCUCGUCGUCUCGGGUGUGGGUAUUGUGUACGUACUCGGGUUUCUCUACAGCAGGACGGACGUUUGGCAUUUUUUGUGCUUCAACGCGGGGGCGGGGGGCGGGGGGCGGGGGGCGGCUAGAUUUCUUCCCCUCUUAGGGUGUGUACGGGCACCACCCCCCGCUGUUUUUGUUUCCGCUGUCGGCAUGAUUUGGGACAGCGUGGUUUCGUUUCUUGGAUGCUGCAGUUGUUGCCCACCGUGUGAGCGCCUUGUCGAAUAUGAAAAGCAUGUUUGCACUCCGCGUGUUUUGUGUUGCUUCGAUUGCUUGGGCUCACAGUCUGCUGUAAAAUCUAGGUACGUGGCCCGGAGGCAUUUCUUUUCUCGAUUUUCUGAGAUUGUGGGGAUAGGAAGGCAGAACUGGUGUCAUGGCCUCUCUCUCUUUCUGUCUGUCUUUCUCUCACUCUCCUGUUGCUGUUACCGGUGUCUCUUGAUCCCGUUUCGAUUCCACCUCCUAUUGGUGCAUUGUUGUCAGUAUCAUGUUUUGGAAGCACGUUGUAGAGCUUGUGCUAAUCUUGUGGUUCGUUUUGUGGCAUGGUACAACAGAAGAUACGAAGUAAUUUUUCGUCAUCCACCGGUCGAACGCGGUCAAACCAAACGUUCCAACAAUGAACAAAAGCGGAAAACUACCCGGACCGGAGGGGGGGAUACCAACGGCGGUGGCAGGUGCUGACGACGGACGAGGUUGGGGCUGGUGGUUUCAAUGAAGGAGGGGUGGGAGUCCAGCGACAUCAACUGUAUGUUGGAGUUCUCUUCGUUGUAGGUCUAUUAUAAUGGGGGGGGUACCUACUUUGUACGUUGGCUUUUGCUGUGCACUGAGUUAACAGCCCUAUCUAUCCGUCCGCGAAAACCGGUGCUUCCGCGCUCAAAGAUAGGAAGCAUGCGUAGAUUGGGCGGCAGCAACGAAAAUGUACCUUCAUUGACAUGUGAAGAGAUGCCGAAGUUUGGAGGCGGCGCGCGUUGAGUCAUGACGGAUGUAGAGUAGAGGACCAUCUAUCAGGGGUUCGCGUUAAGAUCCAACACCAGUUAACGAAAGUCUGCAUGAUUUGUGGAACACUAAGGGCUCGGAAUUCCGCGUUACAAACUAGCAGGUACCAGUUAAGAAAAACCUGCAGGAAGUGUGCACGAAGGAUCAAUCAACACCGAGAGGCAAGCCUCUA